AUCGUCCAUCCCCAUCCUCAAAAUCUUAUAAAUCAACAUCAAACCCUUUACUCCAAAGAAUAAUGAUCCCCGCUUGUGCAGGAGGAGGCUACAGUGAUAAGGGGCACUGGAGAUGGAGAUGGCUGACAAGCCCUGGGAAAGCAGAACAGUUGAACAGGACAUCAAAAGUGAGGAUGAAGAGGCCAUCAAAACUGUACAAGUGGAUAUGGGUAUACAAAAGCCCUGCCCAAAUUCCCAAUCUCCAACUCUGUGUGAACCAGAUAGGGCAUACCCUGCCCCAGGGUCUCAUCAUUCCCCUGAAAAGAUUUUUGUGCCUUCUCUUCAUUGCUCUGCAAGCCCCAGGUCAUGUGGCAGACAUUUGAACUUCAAUGAAGAACCCCAAACUCCUGAAAAGCUGGGUUCAAGGUGCAGCAGCAUCUUUGAUGAUUUUAAUUGCAUGGCUGCUACUGAGUCUGCAAGUGCCAGAGCUUGUCCACGCAGACAGAGGCCCCAGACUCCUGAAACGGAGGGGAGGAGUUCUGUAAAGAGAAGAUUGAUAUUUCAUGCUGUGGAAACAAGCUCAGUUGCUAGCCCUACUAUGCCCCAAAGGAGCCCUAGCCUAAAGGGUUCAAGUCUCAUCAGGGGUAUUCCUGGUCCUAUUAUGACUGAGAGAUCAAAUAUGUCCUUUACAGGGACUGGGAGUAACAAAAGGGACGAGACUAAACCCUCCUCUGUUGGUGAUCUAAGGAAGUGGCUAAGAUAAAUAGGUAAGGCCCAUAAGGGUUCACACCAUUGUUGUUGUUGUUUCAGGUUAGUGUAUUAGGCGCUGAGCAUCAAUCUAUGCCCUGCAAUUCUAGUGAAAUGCCCAAAAAAUCUGUAGCAUCUUUUGCAGGCAGAAAGUUUUGAGUCAUUUUAAUAUACAAUUUAGAGGUACCAAUCAUUGGAUGCAUUGCCUAGGUCCAUUAGGGCUUACACCAUUGUUGUUGUUUCAAGUUAUGUUUUAGGCGCUGAGCAUCAAUCUAUAUACUGCAAUCCUAAAGAAAUACCCAAAAAAAUCUGUAGUAUCUUUUGCAAGGCAGAAAGUUUUGAGUCGUUUUAUGAUGCAAAUUAGUGGAGUUUAGAGGUACCCAUCAUUAGAUGCAUUGUCAAGGCCCAUUAGAGAGCUUAGACCAUUGUUGUUGUUUCAGGUUAAUGUAUUAGGCGCUGAGCAUCAAUCUAUGCCCUGCAAUUGUAAAGAAAUACCCCAAAAAUUUGUAGCAUAUUUUGGAAGCAGAAAGUUUUGAGUUAUUUUACUAUACAAUUUAGAGGUAUCAAUCAUCUUUCUGUGGUUAAUUUCUCCCAGGUUUUUGUUGUUUGCAGACUGUAUAAGUUGCAUUUAAUAACCAUGCUACCGUUUUCUAAGGGUUCUGGAUACUUAACGUGCAUUGUACCGUAACACUAAAAUGUUACUGUUUUGAUGGUCUCUGCCAAUUCUAAAUUUGCAUGCAUACAAACCUUCAUUAUUGGAAUGGUGAAAUUUUGCCUACUUAACCCAACUCACAUUUAAUUUAGUUUGAUGGAAUGAUUAAAUGUACUAA